AUGCUCGCGCGCCCCUCUCGCGCGAUUCUGCGCACCGUCCCGAAGGCGUCGUCUUCGCGCGCUGCGCUCACCGGCCAGAUCAGGUCGCGUGCUCUGAACAACUCGGCCAAGACUGCCGGAGCGGCCGCCGUCCGCCCCUCGCCUGCCCCUACGUUCCAGGCGCCCCCGAACCAGAACACCCCUGAGUCUCCUUACGCCUACAACGAGUCCGAGAACCCGAACAUCCGUGAUGGCCUCGACCACUCGUUCGUCGGCCUUUCGGGAGGACAGAUCUUCAACGAGAUGAUGAUGCGUCACGGCGUCAAGCAGAUCUUCGGUUACCCGGGAGGAGCUAUCCUUCCCGUUUUCGACGCUAUCCACGAGUCGCCGCACUUCAAUUUCGUCCUCCCCCGUCACGAGCAGGGUGCCGGACACAUGGCUGAGGGCUACGCCCGUGUCACCGGAAAGCCUGGUGUCGUGCUUGUCACCUCUGGACCGGGAGCCACCAACGUGAUCACCCCCAUGCAGGACGCCAUGUCGGACGGUAUCCCCAUGGUCGUCUUCUGUGGACAGGUCGCCACCUCCCUGAUCGGCUCGGACUCUUUCCAGGAGGCUGACGUUGUCGGUAUCUCGCGUUCGUGCACCAAGUGGAACGUCAUGGUUAAGGACAUUGCCGAGCUCCCGCGUCGCAUCAACGAGGCCUUCAAGAUCGCCACCACCGGUCGCCCCGGCCCCGUUCUUGUUGAUCUCCCCAAGGAUGUCACCGCUGCCAUCCUCCGCACCCCCAUCCCUGCCAAGGCCGUCCAGCCUGGUCAGUCACCUUACCUCCCCUCGAACCCCCUCACCCGCAGCCCCUCCAAGAAGCAGGCUGGUGACGCCAAGUUCAUCGAGAAGGCUGCCGAGCUCAUCAACAACGCCAAGCGGCCCAUCAUCUACGCCGGAAACGGUGUUCUCUCCUCUCCCGAGGGACCCAAGCUCCUCAAGGAGCUCGCUGACCGUGCUGGCAUCCCUGUGACCACUACCCUCCAGGGUCUCGGUGCCUUUGACGAGCGCGACGAGAAGUCGCUGCACAUGCUCGGUAUGCACGGUGCCGCCUACGCCAACUUUGCCAUCCAGGAGGCUGACGUUGUCAUCGCUCUGGGUGCCCGUUUCGACGACCGUGUCACCGGCAAGGUCUCCACCUUCGCCCCCGCUGCCAAGCAGGCUGCCCUCGAGGGCACCGGUGGUAUCAUCCACUUUGAGAUCCAGGCCAAGAACAUCAACAAGAUCGUCGAGGCCCAGGUUCCCGUUCUCGGUGACGUCGUUGAGUCGAUGGCCGAGCUCCUCCCCCAGAUCAAGAAGAACGACCGCGCUGCCUGGCUCGCCCGCUGCAAGGCCAACAAGGAGAAGUACCCCUUCGUCUUCACGCCGUCCAAGGCUGGCGAGCGCCUGAAGCCCCAGGAGGUCGUCCGCGAGCUCGACGCUGUCGCUGAGGAGAUGGGCAAGGAGAAGUUCAUCAUCUCCACCGGUGUCGGACAGCACCAGAUGUGGGCGUGCCAGUACUACCGCUGGACCGAGCCCCGCUCGUGGGUCUCGUCUGGUGGUCUCGGCACCAUGGGCUUCGGUGUUCCCGCCGGAACCGGUGCCAAGGUCGCCGCCCCCGAGAAGAUUGUCGUCAACAUUGACGGUGACGCCUCGUUCUCCAUGACCUGCAUGGAGAAGCAGACCUGCUCUCAGUUCAACAUUGGUCUUAAGACCCUCCUCUUCAACAACUCGUUCCAGGGAAUGGUCCACCAGUGGCAGUCUACGUUCUACCAGGAGCGCUUCUCGCACACCCGUAUGGUCAACCCCGACUUCCAGAAGCUCAACCAGGCCAUGGGCGUCAAGACGUGGUACUGCACGAACAAGGAGGACCUGCCGCGCAUGAUGCGCGAGUUCCUCGAGUACGACAACGACAAGCCCGCGCUCAUGGAGUGCAUCGUGUCCUCGGAGGACGUCUACCCCUUCGUCCCCGCCGGCGCCGCGCUCCAGGACCAGGUCCUCCACCCCAUGCUCCGCAAGCGUGCCUAA